UUUCUUCUCCUAUUUGAUCCUAUCACGAUCUACCAUCAUCCCCAAUAUCUCUUCUUCUCUCUCCCUAAAUAAAAGAAGAAUCUUCAAAUCUGACUCAGAAAUGCGAUUCAGACCCAUUUCUUUGAACUGACAUCUUCCAAAUCCCGACUCUUUUGCCACACCAAACCAUGUAUUGUCUUAACAGCUCCAUCCCUUCCUUCUCCGCCCUCAAAUCCUCUCCCAAAUCAACUUCAUCUUCUUCUAUUCGCCAAAGCAACAUACCCAGAAUUCGCUGCAUAGCUGGAGGAACUGUUGCCGAACCCACAAUUGUGAAUGCUACUGAACCCUUAUUACUGAGUACUGUUCGUGGCCAUGAAGUAGAAAGACCUCCAGUUUGGCUUAUGAGGCAAGCAGGGAGGUAUAUGAAGAGUUAUCAACUGAUUUGCGAGAAGUAUCCUUCUUUCAGAGAUAGAUCAGAGAAUGCAGAUCUUGUGGUGGAAAUAUCUCUCCAACCAUGGAAAGUUUUUCAGCCUGAUGGGGUUAUAUUGUUCUCAGAUAUUUUAACUCCUCUUACUGGGAUGAACAUACCUUUUGACAUUGUUAAAGGCAAAGGGCCAAUCAUAUUUGAUCCACCACAGACAUCUGCGGAUGUCCAAAAAGUUCGAGAAUUUAUUCCCGAGGAAUUUGUUCCAUAUGUUGGAGAAGCGUUAACUACCCUACGAAAAGAGGUUGAUAAUAAAGCGGCUGUAUUGGGUUUCGUUGGUGCUCCCUUUACCUUGGCAUCAUACGUGGUUGAAGGUGGUUCAUCAAAGAACUUUACCAAAAUAAAGAAAUUGGCUUUCUCUCAACCUCAGGUUCUCCAUGCCCUUCUGAAGAAAUUUUCUGUCUCAAUGGCUAAAUACAUUAAGUACCAAGCCGACAGUGGAGCUCAAGCGGUUCAGAUAUUUGAUUCAUGGGCCACGGAACUUAGCCCAGUUGACUUUGAGGAGUUCAGUCUUCCUUAUUUAAAGGAAAUCGUGGACUCCGUCAAACAAACACAUCCAAAUCUUCCACUUAUCCUCUAUGCCAGUGGGUCAGGAGGUUUGCUUGAAAGACUGCCUCUGACCGGAGUUGAUGUAGUCAGCUUGGAUUGGACAGUGGAUAUGGCUGAAGGAAGGAAGCGUUUGGGCCAUCAUGUGGCAGUUCAGGGUAACGUCGAUCCUGGUGUUCUAUUUGGCUCGAAAGAGUUCAUUACAAAGAGAAUACUGGAUACUGUCACAAAAGCAGGGAACAAAAAACACAUUCUGAAUUUAGGACAUGGGAUUAAGGUAGGUACACCCGAGGAGAAUGUCGCUCAUUUCUUUGAGGUUGCCAAGUCGAUCAGAUACUAGAAAGGAUUCAAUCAGAGUUCAGUUUUUUCUUUUCUUUUUAGGGUUACGUCGUGAUCAGUUUGCCUUCCAAUCUGUGGUUACAUUGGAUUGCUAACUUCAUACCCAUGAAGCUGAGUUAGAAAUCUUUUGUAAAAUUAAUAUUUUAGGGUUUCAACUGGAUUCUGAUUUCUGAGGGGUGUUUAGUUUCUAUGUAAAACAAUUGUUUAUGUUGUUGAUAAAAGAAUGGAGCCAGUUGAGGUGGUUUCAGCUUUGUGAUGCUA